AUGAGCAUCUGUUGGAGCCAGAUCACGCUCCGAGUCCAGGACGUGGCGAUUUCAGGUGCUGAAGGCUGCCAGACAGCUGUGGUCAGUGCCCAAGCCUGUGGAGAUGUCUUCAGAAGGAGGACACUUCUGGUGCCUAUCGUUGGGGAUUCUGGCCACGGUGGGGCCAGAGCUGGCAAGGUCAUUGUUCAAGUGAGGACAGAAGGGAGAUCAGCAGAGCUGCCUGGAAUUCAGACCUUUGCCAUGGUGCAGACCCCACUUAAUUGGAGUGCCCCAGGGGCUCCCAGUGGGGCACUUGAGUGUGCUCCACCCCCUUUUGGGGAAGCUUCUGCUGUGAUCCCUGCCACUUCUGUUGUGGGUACUCAGGCUUAUAGGGGAGUUUGGUCCCCAACUCUUUCUCUUCAAGCUCCACCACCAGCUGCCCAGCUGGCCUCCAUUUUCCCCCAAGUGAAGGCUUGCUCAGGCCAACACGCUUCUUCUGGGGAGGGAAGCCUGGCCGCCACACAAUCCAGACCUUCACUGGAUGACGCCUCCUGUAACUCCCAGAGUGUUUACCAGAACUACCGACGUUGGCAAUGCUUCAAGUCUCUGGCCCGGAGGCACCAUCCCCAAAGUCCUGAUACAGAAGCUCUUUCCUGCUUUCUCAUCCCAGUCCUGCGAUCCCUGGCUAGACUGAAGCCCACCAUGACCCUGGAGGAGGGACUCUGGCGGUCUGUACAGGAAUGGCAGGUCAAGAGCAAUUUUGACCGGAUGAUCUUCUAUGAGAUGGCACAAAAGUUCAUGGAGUUUGAGGCAGAGGAGAAGUCAGAGAUUCAGAUGUUGCAGCAGAGGAAUGCGUCUGUCUGCCUGCUUCCUCCAGCUCCACGCAAUCUUGAUCCUCACGGGCCUUCAUCCACUGUGGUUGGCCAGCAUCCAGUGUUCAUUCCAAAGAAGGGAGGUUCCAUGGCACAGCCCCCUAAGCAACAUCAACACAGACCCCAGCACCCUUGGGAGCCCAAGCGGUCCCAUGAAAUCCCUCCUGAAGCCGUCAAAGAUUAUGUUGAAAUCAUGGAGGAUCUCCUUGGAACUGCCCAUUCAGCCACUGUGGAGCCAGAUGGGAAAUGUGAAGAAGAAGCAAAUGAGGAACAAGAGGAAGAGAAUGAGCUGUACCCAGAUCCAGGACUCCUGAGCUACAUUGACAAGCUGUGUGCACAGGAAGCAUUUAUCACCAAGGUUGAAGCAGUUAUUCACCCUCAAUUCCUGGAAAUGUUACUAUCCCCAGAUUCUCAGGUAGAUCCCAUGUCCUUAAGGCAGGAGCUGGAGGAAGAGGAAGGACUCACUCUCACUCAGCUGGUGGAGAAGCGACUGCUGGAAUUGAAAGGAAAAGUGGGUGUGGAGGCACCCCAACUUAUGGUGUGCCAACCAGGGAGUCACCUUGUACAGAGUCUAGGACCAGUCAAGACGCAGGGAGCACAGAUAACCACAGCAUCCAACUACAGAUGA